GAUUAACUUUGUUUUCAAUUUUGGAUUAUCUUUGACUGUUCAAGAGACCAAAUAACAUGAUUAACAUUGAAAACAAUCAAUUCCUGACAAUUAUCAUUGAUUAUUUGAAACCUUUGAUCAUUGACUUUUUAAUCAAAUUAAUGAUAACGAAACAAUUAACUCCUCAGACAAAGUGUAGCGAAAACAAUUUAUUUGGUUAAUCCUUUCAUUUUGGAAAACAUUAAUUGUUUAAUUUUAGAUCAACAUGAAGUUGAUUAAUUUUCUCGUUCUUAUUUUAGUAAUUUCAACCUCGAUUCGAGCUGAAGGUGAAGGUGAACAACCACCGGCUGAACAGCCACCGCCGGAAUCACAACCAGUACCCGAACAACCACCGGCUGAACAACCACCACCAACGGAAUUAGUACUCGCAACAACUGUCGCUCCACCCGUUGAACCAGUAACCGAAUCAUGGGAAUUGAUUGAAAACAUAAAAUAUUCUGAUUUCCGUAUGAACAUUGAUCACAUCCUUGGUAAUGUAUUGGUACAAAUUGUCGGCUGGCAGGCAAACAUAUUUGACAAUAUUCAGUCAAAUUUAUCGCCGCUAUUGUCUCAAUGGAAUGAGUUAAAAUCAACAAUCAGGGAAGCAAAAUCAAAAGAGGAAAUUGCGAUCAGAUCAGCUGAUGUUAAUCACUCAAAAUCGCUUCUUCAGCAACAGGUAAGCCUCUUGAAAGAAGCUCUUUCAACAGGUAAUCAGGUUGAAUAUAUGCUUGUCCGUGAACAAGAAAAGAUUGACCAGUGGAUAGUUGAUGUUGGAAAUAAUGUCCAAGGCGCUCGUGACCUUAAGGUAAACAUGACAAGAGAUUUGGAAGAAUUGAUCAGUGGCGCUCGAAUUGAUAUUAAAUCAACUAAAUCAUCGAUUCAGAAAAUUUUCCAAAAUCAUUAUUAUGUAAUUGAAAAUGAUCGACUAUCAAUGAACGGGAAAUUGGAUCGAUUGGCCUUGGAUUUCAAGGCGACCUUAGCCCAGUUAGUAACGUCCGUUCAAGUGACCAAUAACUCGGUGUCCAAUCGUUUGUCUCAGGAGGCAAAUGGUUUACAGGAAACGAUUGACUGGACAGUUGCCGAUCUCCGUCGUCACCUUGAUUCUAACCUGAUGGCCACUGAUCGGGAUAAGAUUGUUAAUCAUCUGGAUGAAAGAGCUCAACAAUUAGAUGAAAAUCUAUUCACUGGACAUGGAGAGAAUCAACUUGCUCUAGAUAAUUAUGCCAGAAAUUUGAUCGCUGAUAUAAACAACAAUAUCUGGUCUCUUGAUAACGAUAUGAACACAAUCAAGAAUCAAUUUGAACAAUUAACUGCCGCUAAUAAACUUCGUGCCAAUCGAUUGAGUGUCAAAACGUACAAAACCUUGGAACCCGUUGAAUCUUUACUUUCAUCUUUGGCCAAGAAACUUCAACGAUUAGUUGAUAAUUGUUGUUAAUCUUUGACAAUUUAUCUCUCGUAAUUUCCCAAUCCCAACAAUCAACGUCAACAUAAUUGUUGAUCAAAGUGAUAAUCAUUUUUAUCCAAUAAUAACAGCAACAAUAUCUCAAUA